AUGGGACUUCCAAUGUAUGUUUCACCGUCUCUUCCGAAGAGACAGCUCCCGCCAAAACAACCACAGUCACCUUAUGAAGAAGUCGACUAUUCUGAAGAUUUAUAUCAAAAUUCCAGAACGAGUGCAUACGGUAAUCGUCGUUACAUAAUUCGUCGACCAUAUGCAGGUGGUGAAUAUUAUACGAGGGGCGGAGUUAAUAGUAGUGAUUUUUAUAGUUCUUCGGAGGUAAAUUUGACUGACCGACAACCGAUUACAGAGAUUUCAGAGUGGUCUCACCUAAGGGAUCCUAGUUCACAAACGCCACUUCAAAACGAACAGCUGCGACCUCAAAGGAUAAGAUCUUCUUCGUUGCCAUAUAACAACCUAGUCCAAAGGUUAGGCAACCUUCCUCACCUGCAUCGUACAAGAGAACCGCAAAUCACGUCUUCGGGUUUGGCUUCCAGACGCGGAAUGCAAUUACAGUCGGCGCAGUUAAUACGCGCAGCACAACAACAAGCACUACAGCAGGUACUACAGGCACAGCAAGCACGAGCACAACAGGAUUCAUCGAAUGCAUCGGCACCUAGCGAUGGGGUGAGAAAUGGCGAUUCGUCGGAAGAAACGAAUGAAUCAAAUUCCGACGAUUUGACUGCCAUAAAUCCUCGUCCGACGGAAUUACCCUCAAAUAGUGCACCAAGGGAUAAUAACCACAUAAGUAAUAACGUCACGAAUAACGCAGUGUUAGAUAAUGUUUUCAGACGUGUAAAUAUAUUUCGUCAGCUUACUCAUGAUAAUCGUAGCAUUAGACCUGGAUCUAGAAAUCACAGGAGAGACGCAUUGACAAGGGAAGGCUUCAUUCAACGCGGGAUAGACAUGCCGCCCAUACCACCGUUGAUUCGUGUUUCCGGUCCUUACAUACCGCCGACCUUUCCUUCGGAAGUUCCCGAAUCAUUACCACCGUUACCGCCGUUACCGCCGUUACCACGGCGUUUAAGGCACAGCGUUCGAAGGGGUAACGUUAUCAAUCCAUACGAUUCCAGAUCCAACUUUGGUGAAGAAUUAAUUGAAAGUUAUGACAUUGGUCACUUUAUUGACGAUGAUUUGGAAUCGUCUACCGAACGUAGUCACACUUCUCACAUACUGUCACCAAUACCCAGACGAUACGACCCGACGACGCUGACAGCAUCCUUUGCAAUGAUAUCUCCUAAUGGAAUGUUGAUGGAGAAUAGGGAAAGGAUAAAUGUGGACGGUGAGAUGGAUGGCAAUAAUGUCACCCGGAGGGAAAUUCCAGAAGGUUCAUCCUCUGGGGAAGUUUGUUAG